ACAAUAAUACACAUUUCGCGUGAAAGUGGCGUCACUAUCGUAGACAACAGCAGUACGGCACUGUAGUGAAAAUGUCCAACUCUGAGUUGCAUAAAGAACCAAAACAGAUAAAUAAUAAUAAUAACAACAGUAGUAAUAAUAAAACUAAUAAUAUUAAACCCCAGCAACAGCAACAGCAGGAAAGGAGAAAAAAUAAAAAGAUUGAUAAGGUGCAAUGUGAUGGCAGGUUGAAAAUUAUAAUAAACAGAGAAAAUGAAUUGCGAGCUAGAUGGCCAGAACGGUGGGGGUUUUAUUCAAAAAAUAACGUGGAAAAAAUAUGGAGCGAACAUGCUGUCAAUUUAGGACUACCGGAAAACUUUAUUGAUCUCAGAAGACAGAAACUACGUAAACAAGAUAUUAUUCAACCGUUGAUCGAAGCAGUACCAUCACCGAUGUGCGUUCCCAUAACGUCAUCGGGUUUUGUUGGAUGGCGUUCUGCGCAAAGUAUUUGCAAUUUAGAAAUGUUUGGCAGGAAUUGUGAUUACAAUAAACUAGAUACUCGAAUGUUAAAAUCAGACAACGAGCCAGAUCAAAAACAACAAAGAUUUAUAAUUCUAGGAUAAAUAAUUUAUGUUUGUAAAAAAGGAGGUCAAGUAAUUAUUUUUAUACAAGUAUUAUACUGGUGACUUUUCUCAUAAUUAAUAUGAUGAAUUCACUUCAACUAUAACCAGUUUUUCUUAAUUUAAAAAGUCUAAAAACAUCAAGUGUUAAAUGACAAAAACCUGCAAUUAGGUUUUAGUGAUAUUAUUGGUAUUACACAUGUUGAAAAAAUAUAGGUAAUAAAGAUAAAUGUACAAGCAUAACAUUCUGAAAUAGUAAUUAGAAUUUUAGGUUGUAGUUUUUUUUUUUUUAAUGUAUUUAAAACAUUGUAAACAUAUUCAUAUACAGCAUAAGUAAAUGCUUAUGUGUUGAUAGUAUGUCUAAACAAAAAAAAUCUAUUAAUUUACACUUAUAAUUUUAGUAAGGUAUUGUGAUUGAGGAAAUGCUUAAUUUCCAAACAAUGUUAAAUCAUUUGUUGUAUACACAUAAUUAUGCAAAAAUGAAAAAUGUGAGUCAAAAUAAUAUAAAUUAAGAUCGUAGUUAUAGAAUGAAAUAAAUAAUUUCAUGAAACAAUAAAAUGGAAUAGAAAGACAAAAAUUAAAAAUAUUUAAAUAUGUAAAUUUAAAAUUUAGUAAAUAAAAUGAUUUUGGUUUAAAAUAUUUCAAAAUUACACAAGUUCUACUAAUAAUCAAUAAGUAUUACUAUUUAAUUUUAUAAAAUUUGAAUUAUUUUUUUAACUCACUAGUCACUUAGUAAUUUUAUUAUCUUUGUAAAAUUUAACAAGUUUAGAUUUUGGUUUCUUAAUGUUUUUUUUUUUGUAUUUUUUGAAUUGUUUUAUCAUAGGGGUGGCAAAUUAUUAGAACGUUACAUACCAACAUUUUUUUUUUUUGGAGAAUGCUAUGAAAAAUAUUACCUAGGUAUAUAUUAUAUUAUUUCUAAUAUUGUAAGAAAAAAAAUGAUUGUAAUUUUAUUGUAUGAUUAUUAAUAUAUUAAUAUAAAAAAGGUUAGUUUAGGUGCAUAAUAUAAUAACAUUACUUUGUUAAUU